CAACCUUUCUUUUAUGUUAUUUUGCAGUCUCUAUAAAUAUGUUUGAUUAUGUGGGUGCAAUUCUCAGCUACCUUAUUAUAGCAAUUGCUUUGUUUGGAGGAAAGUUUGACAACAUGUCUACAACUGCUCUUGGUGGAGAGAUAAGUAGGAAUUCAUUUUUUGCAAUGUACCUGAUAAACUGCUGCACACAGCUGAUUGACUUGUCAGUAGAUGUUACCAAUAUGGCUGGAUAUGUUCACAGUGUUUAGGAUCCUGAGCGGAAUGUGGGCUCCUCUUUCAGGAGAGGUUAUAAGGUUUUUACCUUUCGAUCCCAAAGUUGUCUUCUUCCUACCACAAAAGACUUUCGUUACGGAUGGUACACUACGACAACAGUUAACUUACCCUUGUGAAAAUCUUCUCCUUUAUGGAGGCCACUCUGAAGCAGGUGACGAAGACGAGAAACUUCUUGGAUUGCUCGACACUGUAGGGCUUGCAAAUCUCUGCAGCCGGGUGGGUGGCCUAGAUAGUCCUGUGGAAUGCAAGUGGGAGGACAUGCUGACUCCAGGAGAAAUGCAACGGUUAUCUUUCGCUCGUUUGUUCUAUCAAAGACCACAAGUAGCGCUCCUAGAUGAAGCUACAAGUGCCUUAGACACUUCCACGGAGAGUAAGCUGUAUUCGAUUUGCAAGGACUUUGGAAUCACUGUGUCCAGCGUUGGUCAUAGGAGAUCCCUCAGGCAGUUUCAUGACUUUGAGUUGAACCUUGACGGAGAAGGAGGAUGGGAAUUCAAGAAAAUUGAAGAUUAGUGAAAUUUUGCAAGGAGGUCGAGAAGCAAAUUGAAUGUUGAAAGUAGCAAGGAUUUUAGUAGGUUUUGCCGUACCUGGCUUUGUGAUUGGAUGACAAAAGCAGUGCAGCUCACGCUUUCCCACGCUUUGCUGCUGAUCACGUGUAUUAGCUUUUCACUCAUUGGCUCUCUGCUGUUUUCACGAUUUAUCAGAUAUAUCGCUACAUUUGUUUUGUAGUCACUCACAAAGGAGGGAAAUUUUAUAUUCUGUAGUCUGAGUAUGGGGGCGAGGUGCCGACCUAUUGUCUAAGAUUGCAACUU